AAGCCCUUAAAUUGGGCUGCAUUUCUGAAGAAAGGGCGAGAACAACAACGCACUUCCUCUGGACCCAAACUGUUAGCCGAGCGUGUCUCCGCCUCGCCUGGUACCUAUCUCCCGCGCGUUGGAGAAAGCGGCUGUGACGCGACGGAAGUAAUUCCUUCCCGUGCCCCGGAACCCACGGGGGUAGGCAGCUGGGGUGGGGGGGCGGCCCUGAAUAGGGGCUGUGGCGGUACGUGGGGACACGGCUGUGGCGGCUGCGGGACUGGCCAGAAACUGCUGAAGUUCCUGUGGGAGCAAGUAGAAUUUUAUAAGAACAUAAUGGAUGGAGAAGAGAAAACCUAUGGUGGCUGUGAGGGCCCUGACGCAAUGUACGUCAAGUUAAUAUCUUCUGAUGGCCAUGAAUUUAUUGUAAAGAGAGAACACGCGUUAACUUCUGGAACAAUAAAGGCCAUGUUGAGUGGACCAGGUCAGUUUGCGGAGAACGAAACCAAUGAGGUCAAUUUUAGAGAGAUCCCUUCGCACGUGCUCUCGAAAGUGUGCAUGUACUUUACUUACAAGGUCCGCUACACCAACAGCUCCACCGAGAUUCCUGAAUUCCCAAUUGCACCCGAAAUUGCACUGGAACUGCUCAUGGCCGCGAACUUCCUAGAUUGUUAAAUAAAAUAAAUUAUAAUAAACUGUUAA